AACCAUUCGUGAGCUUAGACGGUAGUAGUAGCGAAUUGACCUGAGACGCAGUGGGUGUCGUGCAAAUUGCACAAUGUUCGCGUGUGUACCACGUGCUUACUGGUGUGUGAAUAAUGAAUACUGAAAAAAAUUAACAUUUUCCUAUCAGUUCACUGAACUGGUUGACUCCCGCGGGAAGAAAGGGUUUAAUCAGUGUCGUUCGCCUUCGCCUGCGGGACAGUUCAUAGUUUGAAUUAGGUAUGCUUUAAACGGUGCAAUCCAAAAUGGUCCAAUCGUACGAAACCAGGAACGGCGUUGGUCGAAAAACCGCCAGUUUUGCGGAUAGUUUAAUAUCAUUGUUUGGUAAAGGCAAAAACUCGGCACCGGCAGAUAGUCAGCGGCAUAUUUCUUACGCGAAGGCUCCUAUCGCUGAUCCGGAAGCUAGCGAACCGACAUCGUUGGUUAGUGUUGCUGAGCAGAAUAAUAACAGCACGAACAGCUGCAGAAAUCGUCCACCUGACGUGAUAUCGAUCCCAGACGAUUGUGCGUAUCGUUAUGAGAUUAGGAAGCCGGCCAAAAGAAGGCCACCGCAGAAUUCUGGAGGUCGCCUAGGUGAACCGGGGAAGCCGGUCCGGAGAAAGUCUUUUGGACGGCGAAUCAAUAACCUGUGGAAUAAUUUUGGAUUGCUUAGAAGUUCGGAAAAGAUAGUGGAGUUUGCCAGUGGUUAUGCUGCUUUUCAACAUGUCCGGGAAAAUUUGGACGAUCUCGAUGGAAAAGCAGAAGCAAACGAGACGGAUUUGGUAUUCCUACAGGGAAUACUGGAAAAUCCGGCAGUUACUCAAGUGAUCAAGAUUCAGGACAAACUUGAGGAGGUCGCUCCACCAUUGAAACCAAUUCGCCUAAAUAACAUCUCACUGAUUCGAGAGGUGGUAGACCGGUGCAGUUUGUCGCGCAAUCCACAUGCCCGUGAGUUGGCACGAAUUUUCCGAUAUCCGCAUUUUAGAGCGUUGAUUGAAUCGCACGACGAAAUCGGUGAGCUUACGGUACAAAAGCUGCGGAGUCACCCACCGAAUAGUGCUAACGGAAGCAGUACCAGUCACGCUCAGAUAUCGCCUGGUAGUAGCAACUACUCUGAAGUCGAAAGUUUGCUCGAUACCGGAGUCACCACGGCCGGAAACGGGAUGCCAGGAGAAACAAUAAAAAUGGUCGGUAUCCGGCGGAACCCGAACGAACCGCUGGGUCUGACGGUGGAGGUGGACGAACAUGAUCAGUUGAUGGUUGCGCGAAUCAUCGCUGGCGGAAUGAUCGAUCGUCAGGGGUUGCUUCACGCGGGUGAUGUGAUACUGGAGGUGAACGGUGUUUCGGUUUCAACGCCCGAGGAGCUCCAGACGGAAAUUUCCCGCGCGAAAGAGUCCGUUACGCUGAAGAUCGGACCCAGUCUGGAGGAGGAGAUGAAAUCCGCUCGCAUCACAAUGACCGGUGGACAGGUAAAGAGUGGGAAAAAUUUAGAGACGGGCAAGAAACUGACGUGCUAUAUGCGUACUCUGUUCGACUACAACCCGACCGAGGACAAUUUGUUGCCGUGCCAGGAAAUUGGUUUACCAUUCCAGCGAGGCGAUAUUCUGCAGAUUAUCAAUGUGAAAGACCCAAACUGGUGGCAGGCACGGCACGCCGGUGAGGACGGACCUAUCGGGUUGGUACCCUCGCAGGAAUUGGAGGAACGUCGGCAGGCUUACGUAGCACCGGAAGCGGACUACGUGCACAAAAUAAGCAUAUGCGGCACAAAGAUUUCCAAGAAGAAACGAAAGACGAUGUACAAAACCAAACAAAAUGGCGAGUUUGACAAAGCUGAUCUAAUGCUUUACGAAGAAGUUACCAAAAUGCCACCAUUCAAACGGAAAACGUUGGUACUGAUAGGGGUUGCUGGCGUCGGUCGACGAACGCUCAAGAAUCGUUUGAUCAACAGCGACCCAGACAAGUUUGGUUCUGUUUUACCUCACACCACCCGUCAGCCGAGACCACUGGAGGAAAGCGGCAAGGCCUAUUGGUUUACCGAUCGUGAAACAAUGGAACAAGAAAUCAAAGAAAAUCGCUUCCUGGAGUUUGGCGAACACAAUGGAAAUCUUUACGGAACUCACUUGGAUUCGAUUCGGGAUGUUAUUCGACAAGGAAAAAUGUGCAUUCUAGAUUGUGCACCUUCUGCGCUGAAAAUACUACAUAACAGUGCUGAGUUUAUGCCAUACGUGAUUUUUGUUGCCGCUCCCGGUAUGGAACAAUGGAAGCUGCUGCAGGCAGAACGCAAAUCAGCACAUGGUUCGAUGAAAAGUUUACAGUUCGACCGUCAAAGCUCUAUCCGAUUUAGCUCCCGCCGUGCGAAGACACUGGAAUCACUGGCAUCACUGUACGAGGACGAAGACCUCAUUUCGGCGGUUGAGGAAAGCGCCUUACUGCAGCGAAAGUACGAUAAAUAUCUGGACAGAGUAAUCGUCAACGAAGACUUCGAUGUCACAUUCCGGGCUGUGACGGAUGCUUUGGAAGCACUCAGUCACGAACACCAGUGGGUUCCGGUAAACUGGAUUUAUUAGAAAAAAUAGCGUACCCGAACGUAAAUGGUAAUACACACAAUGUACACUAUAACGAAAGAUGUGUUCAAAACAAGGAAUACGCCAUACGUUAAUGCAUUCAAAGCCGAUGCAAUCGAUGAGAAAUCGGUCCUCCAACAAUUAUACCACUGUUUAUGUAAUUUCAUAUCGUUGAAACAUGUUUUAGUCUCGUAAGUCAUACGAUGCAAUAUCAGCUUCACCGCCUCCACAUCGUACUAUCGUUAGAAUAAUUAUAUCAGCAGUCAUUUAUUUUAGUGGUAGAAAUUAACACAAAUGAAAUGCCUCCAAUAUCCAUGAAAAACUUGUAGUAUUUAAGAUUUACAAUGUCAGCGAAAAGUAACUGUUUCGUCCAUUAGCUUUAGUAUCCCAUAGAGUUGUUCUCACGCACGAACGCUACUAGUAGGUAUGUUCGAUACUAUUAUACAUAACGUCGAAUCUCAGAAGAAAAUCAAUAGAGUAUCCACAUAGUAUGAUGAGUUAUGCAUUUGAAUGAAUUUAACGUUGGUGAUUAUGUAUAAAAAAUAAAAAUAGUUUCUGUGCGCGUUCAAAGAGUUGUUUUCAAAACUACCUGUUGUAGCGUUUAUCCUAGUUUAGUUACAAGAAUGGAAUGCGAAAUAUAAUUUACGUUGCGAAAUAAAGAAAUAUCACAUGAUUAA